AUGCUGAUUAGCACGUUUUUUCAAACACUUUCAUGCUUUGUAGGACUUUAUCCGUCGUCAAUGAUCUAUGCAUGGAGAGAGUACAAGCAAAAUGGGAAGUCCGACAAAUUAAAUCCGAAUCUGUUUCCUGCCAACCAAAGUUUUCUGCUUCUCUUUGCUGAGAAUGGUGGAACUAGCUUGAAAGAAUAUAAGAUUAUAUGUUCCAAAAAUUCCGAGAUAUAUUUGUUAAUUUUGUUGACCGUUACUAUGCUUCAAGCGUAUAGCAUCGUUUAUCAGUUGUUCAUGGCCCUUGCUGUCGCUGAAUUUCGACUUUCAUUUGGACAUUAG